UCAGUCUUUAGCUUUGCUGCUGUUCUAACCACCAGGUGGUUUCUAAAAAAACAGGUUCUACAGCCUUCAAUAUUCAUUGGAGAGCAAAAUUCAACCCCUAAGGGUCUGGUUUCCUUCAAAUCCUUGAUGAAGAUAUUCCUGUUGAUAUCAGUGCCCUGCAGUCUACAUAUUGCAGUCGUACUCACAAAGAAUGAAAACAAGGACAGUGAUAGGAAGAUACUAAUAUCCUUCAGUGUUUUCAACAGUUUACUGCUUUACCAUCUCUUCAUGUUCAUCAAGAAGCCCGUCAGGAAAUUUCUGGAACGAAAAAUGAAAUCAAAGAAAGAAGCUUCGGAAAUAUCUCUUCGAAACUGGAAAGUGUGGUGUAUAAAGAGGAAAGCUUCGGUGAAACCUGUUCUUCCUAGUACUCGGGCUCCCGAUGUGGUGUACAGAGUUCCUAAAUCAGCUGAUCCUCAAUCAGCUGAUGCUGAUUCAGCUGCUGUCAGCUUUCUUGGAGCUGCUGCGUCGAGAUCAAUUAAAGUUACCAACCUUGGUCUAACAACUGUCUAUACUCUUGGCUCUCCAGCUAAUGGUUCAACAACUGCCUGCGACUAUCUUGCUUCUUUAUCCACUGAUUCACUGAUUACCAGCCAUAUUAGUUCAGUAUCAGCUGAUCCAACAAUAUUCAGCCAUGUUGGAUCUCACGCCAAAAACAAAAAUAUUAGGAAGGUUAUUUCGAAGCCAAAAAAAAUACAUGUGGCAGAAAUCAAUAUUUUAAACUAAAUGUUUCGGAACUCUAAAACUGUCCAAACACUUUACUGCAGUGUUUACAUUCCACCCACAAAGUGACAAAAUGCAUAACACUUAAUGUUUGUUAAAAAUGUUGGUUCUGCGGUCCUACAAACCUUCUCUGGGGAAAUGUGAAGUCCCACACAAAAUUUCGACCCGAUAGGUUCCGCCGUUUUGACGUUUAUUGGAUACGAACAA